AUGAGAAUUUCUGAAGGCUCUCCAUAUCCUCCGAGCGAAUCUGACAUUUCUGAGAUCGCGUGCGAUCUUGAAAAAGAAGAUGCCAUCAAAAAACUGUCACUUCUUCCCGAUCCUCUCCCUCGCCCUCGUUGUCUGACUCCAUCUGGCUUUCGAGAUGUUGCAGAAGAGCCUAGACUACCGAAGCCGAAGCCGGCUUUUCAGCAUUGCGCGUACUAUAAGCUCCCAUCCGAUAUCAGAAGAUAUAUUCUGAUACUGGCUUUCGGCAAUCGUCGUCUCCAUGUGGACUUCUCUUACGAUUAUCCCGACAUGACCUCGGAUCUCAUUCAACCGUUGGAUAAGAACCACUCUGGUAUCGUCAUGGAGAACAUGCAUGGCGACAAGCUACGAGUCGUCGAUGAUACGAAGCCAAGAUCGUGGAUCUGGUGGGGAUCCGUCUGCCAUCGACUCCCGCCAGAUCUUGACAUAUCGCGAACAGGCCCAAUGACCCAUGGAGGACCUGAUGGUCCUUGGGCUGAUACUUGUCGCAUCGGUGAAGCUCUUUACUGCGACUCUUGGCCAGGUUCAUUCCCUUCAAAGUGUCGUAUCGGUAUAAUGGGAUGGCUCUUAUCUUGUCGCCAAAAUUAUGCCGAAGCUAUCGACAUCCUUUACUCUAAAAACACCAUCAUCAUGGCCAAUGAAGCAAUGAUAACUCAGCUGCCUCAACUCCUGAUACCACAUCGCCUCGCGUCCAUAACUUCACUUGAGAUCAGUUGGAACUUGAAGCCUCGAUACGAAAGCGGUUUUUGGAAUGCCUUUGAUGAGGCCGACUUGAAGGCCACAUGUGGAAUAAUAUCCACCCAGUUCCCGCAGCUCCGUCGUCUUUAUUUGUCUCUCGAGCGUUCAAGGCAUCUUAGGUCAUGCUGGUGCUCUGAUGCUUGGCCAACUAUGAGCCUUCAUCUGGACAACCUUGCGCGAAUGAUGCCGUCUCUGACAGAACACGCCAUUUCGCUACCUGAUACACCAUUCGAUUCUAUCCUGUACGACGCAAAGAAAACUGACUUCGGGUCGUACUCAGAAAUAUGCCAUUCUUAUAAUCAGAUCUGGCGAUCUACUGACGGCGGAAUGGAUGUCAUUCAGCUUCCACAUGUCGAUAGUUAUCCUAGAGCACCGUAUCACAUAGAUAAUUCAACCUCCAAGGGCAAGGGCUACUGGAUACUCAAUGGAAGCAACUGGCCAGAAAAGGAAAAUGUCAUCACCGGCCCUCCACCAGUGGGACUUAUGGGAGAGGUCAUGGGCCUUGGACCUUAUGAUUUCGAUGACUUUGAGUAUGCUUACCCUUUAGAAGACAUGUGA